UUGUCCUCUCUCUCCUGAACGCUGAUGUGUUACUAACUUCAGCCUCUCUCUCCGACAAAAUGUUCAAAUUCGGAUCCAGACUCCUGCUGCUGUUCGUGCUGGCCUUCCCCUGUGGCCUGCUGUCCAUCGGCCAUGUCUCCGCAGACUCAGACUCUGCUGAGGACAUUGCUGAGGACCCAGAAGCUGCAGUAGAUGAGGAGGAAGACGAAGAAGAGGUGCUCGUUGAGGAAGAUCAGAUGCAACCCAUGGAUGGAGACGAAGAAGACUCUGAUGAAGGAGCUGAUAAACUGAUAUCCUCUAACCCUGAUGCCGAAACAACCAUCCUCUUCACGACAGGAGAAGAGUUUCCUGCCAAUGAAAUUGUGAGGUUCCUGGUGGGUUUCACCAACAAGGGAAGUCAGGCUUUCACUGUUCAGUCGUUGGAGGCCUCCUUCCGUUACCCCCAAGACUUCCAGUUCUACAUCCAGAACUUCACAGCGUUGCCUCUGAGCACCGUGGUGCCGCCCCAGGCUCAGGCCUCCUUCGAGUACUCCUUCAUUCCAGCUCAGCCCAUGGCGGGGCGCCCGUUUGGUCUUGUUAUCCUCCUGAACUAUCUUGACACUGAGGGCAACGUGUUUCAGACUGCCAUCUACAACCAGACUGUCACCAUCACCGAGCUAGAAGAGGGAAUAGACGGAGAAACGAUGUUCUUGUACAUCUUCCUGGCUGGACUGGUGUCCCUAAUGCUCUUUGGGGUGUACCAGGUCCUGGAGACGAGGACGAAAAAGAGAAUCCCGGUGAAAAUAGAGAAGGGCACUGGUGGGAUGAGCGAUGUGGACAUCAGCUGGAUUCCUCAGGAGACUCUCAAUGUCAUGAACAAGGCCUCCCCUAAAGCAUCUCCACGGAAACGAACCAAUAGGGCAGCUGGAGCAGAUCAAUAAAACUGUCCGUUUCCAUCCAUCAUCAUACUGUCCAUCAGGCUUUUAAAGCUAUUUUCCUCGCCGUGGUAACCCGAUUCCCAUUUACAAUGGACCAACAUUUCCAACCCGAGCAGCGAGUUUCUGAUGUUUGUGUGGAUCUCAUCCUGCUGGAACAACCACCAGAGAGCAUCCUGGACUCUACUGCUCUGAUCAGAGCAAGGCCAUUUAGACACUAACAGGACUGAACUACAGUCCAAUUUUAAAGGGACUUUUUUAUCAGUAUGUAUGUGUGAGAUUUGAUAAGAGAUGAACCAAUAAGUCAUUAAACUUUUUGUGGAAAACAAAGCGAUUGUGGUAAAAACUGCCCCGAAAACAGAGCAGAAUAAAUCAACUUGCUGGCUUUAUGAAUGCUGUCAAGUCAUAGUUAAAUUACUUUUUAUUUUGGAGAUUUGUUAUCUUCAUUUUUAGGUUUCAAAUCAUUCCCUUUUCAUUUGUUGAAUGAGGUGAAUCUGCCUCUUCUAUAUCAUGUAAACACCAUUGUGCCUUUCUGCACUGUAUCUGUGGUGCCCAGCAAAGACUUAAUGUUAAGAAAAAUGUAGAUGCAAUUGAUUAAAAGGUUUCCCACUGAUACCCCUCUCCUUUUACCAUCCAGUCACAUAUAGAAUGAAGUUGAAGUAAAUAAAUGUUUUUCAGUGGAGCAAUGGCAGCUGCAUUCACAACAUAUAUUAAACAGUGUUCUCUUGAGGUUUCUGCAGGUUUAGUUUACCUGUUUUUUUUUUCUCCGUGUUGUACGGUAACUUCUCCUUGGUUAAACAUUCCAAACUCUUUACUAAGUGCUGUUGGUGCAAUCUGCCAGAUUGCAUGCCAUUUCUUUUGGGAGAAAAAUAUGUUUUCAAAAGACAAUAAAAGGGUCAACAAAG